CUUUUCUUUUGAAGUUUAUGUGCGUGAUAAAAAAACUAAGGCCAAAUGGAUACCCCACUUGUUUUUUAUAACCGGUCUGAAUAUAUAGAAACUGACACGGGCAACAAAGUGUCACGAGCAUCUGUGAUUUGUGGAAGUCAGAACAUUAUUCUCGGAGGCAAGACAAUUAUACAAACGGAAUGCGUUAUUCGUGGAGAUCUUCGACGGACAGGCGGAGGUCAUGCCGUCGUUGUUGCGAUCGGUCGAUACUGUUUACUUUCGCGAGGAUCGAUUAUCCGACCACCAUAUAAGACAUAUAAAGGCAUGUUCAGUUAUUAUCCGAUGAAGAUAGGCGAUCAUGUCACAAUUGGUGAAGGCAGUAUCAUUGAAGCUGCUACGAUCGGAUCGCACGUAACGAUAGGAAAGAAUUGCAUUAUUGGUCGAUUCGCUAUUAUAAAAGACUGCUGUUGCAUCACUGACAAUACAGUUAUACCACCUAACACAGUCGUACCUUCGUUCUCCGUAUAUUCUGGCUCCCCAGGAACAUAUCAAGAUGAAUUACCCGAAUGUACACAAGAGCUCUACGAAAACAAAACUAAAGAUUAUUAUGCAAAAUUUACAGCCAAAGAUUAAAUAAUAGUAAUCAUUGCAAACACGCACAACUUUUACUUUUGCAUACACAAUUUGCUUUUGUUUGUUUCUAUGGGAUUUGGAAAAUACUUUCCAAGAAGUGGCAAAGAAAAAGAGUCAAUUGUGAGAUGCCUUAUUGCAUUUGCUAUAUCCCUAUUAUUUCAUCUUUCUUCUAUUCAAC